AUGUCGUAUUCCUGGGUGGGCGCACCCACUGAGUUCAAUGGGACCAAUUCAGAGACCGGGGGAGAUUCUGCCACCGAGAACUUGAACCAAUGGUACCAAUCUGGCGACCAGGCCUACAUCAUCAUAGCAGCCGCUAUGGUGAUGGUGAUGGUGCCUGGUCUAGGAUUCCUCUACUCUGGCCUCGCUCGAAGGAAGUCUGCGCUUUCCAUGAUAUGGGCCUGCAUGUUCUCGAGUUCCGUCAUCACUUUCCAAUGGUACUUCUGGGGAUAUUCGCUCGCCCUUAGUGGCUCGGCCACGAACGGUUUUAUCGGAGAUCUGCGGAGGUUUGGGCUCAUGAACACUCUUGGUGCUCCCAGUCCUGGAAGCCCGCUUGUUCCUGAGCUUUUGUAUGCCUUUUACCAGAUGCAAUUUUGUGCCGUCACCGCCGCCAUUAUCGUCGGAGCUGUUGCCGAGCGCGGUCGUCUUAUUCCCAUGAUGAUCUUCAUUUGGAUCUGGGCCACAAUCGUUUACUGCCCCGUUGCCUGCUGGGCUUGGGGUGCAAAUGGAUGGUUCUUCGCAUGGGGUGGCUUGGAUUACGCUGGUGGAGGUCCCGUCGAGAUCGUAUCCGGAAUGUCUGCCCUCGCCUACUCUAUGGUUCUCGGUCGCCGCCAGGAGAAGAUGAUGCUGAACUUUCGCCCGCACAACGUUUCGUUGAUCACCCUCGGUACCGUCUUCCUCUGGUUCGGCUGGUUGGGCUUCAACGGCGGCUCUGCUUUCGGUGCCAACCUGCGUGCAACCGUCGCCUGCUGGAACAGCAACUUGACCGCCAUGUUCGCCGCGAUGACUUGGGUUCUCCUCGAUUGGCGUCUCGCACGCAAAUGGUCCAUGGUCGGUUGGUGCUCAGGAUGCAUUUCGGGUCUCGUCGCUGCUACCCCAGCCUCUGGUUUCAUCACCCCGUGGGCUAGCGUUGCUCUCGGCAUCACCACUGGCAUUGUUGCUAACUUUGCUACCAAGAUCAAGUUCUGGAUCAAGAUCGAUGAUGCCCUCGAUGUGUUCGCUGAGCACGGUGUCGCCGGAAUGGUCGGUCUCAUCUUCAACGGUAUCUUUGCCGCUCCUUACAUUGUCGGUCUCGACGGCGUCAACUCGAUCGAAGGCGGCUGGAUCAUGCACAACUGGAAGCAGAUGUACAUCCAGAUUGCGUACAUCGUCGCCUGCACUGCCUACUCCUUCGUCGUCAGCGCCCUCAUCGCUUUCGCCAUCGACAAGAUUCCUGGUCUCCACCUGCGUGCCUCUGAGGAAGCUGAGCUCCUCGGUAUGGACGACGACCAGCUCGGUGAAUUCGCAUACGAUUACGUUGAGGUCCGUCGCGACUACCUGGCGUGGACGCCCGCUAAGAGCGACCCGAUCACUGCCGAGCACGACAUUCCUCAAGGCGACCGCCACGGUAUCUCCCAACACAGUCAAAUGCUCGAGGGCAAGGCACCGAGCGAGAGCAGCCACGAUGGCGCCCAUACCGGCAUCGGCGGCGACCGCCACGCGGUCGCUGCAGGCCCUGAGGGCGUUCAGAACGAGAAGAACAGCCUCGAGCACUGA